UCACCCGUUCAGCAAGUAGAGCUGUUUAGCCGACGUCGCUCAACCAUGGGCUAAAGUAGGUACUUGUCUGCAGCUCUUGUCUGCGAGCUCGCCUUGGGAACGGGAACGCAUGACCGACACAGGGACAAGGCAAACCUUGUAGCAGAGGUGUACUGCGACCUUAACCCAGCAUUCCUUUUGACAACCGUGACGUGGCUGCAUAGACGCAGACAAGUUAGACUUCAUUUCGUGCCGAGGUGAUUCAGAGGCGGGUCAGCACUGGAAUAUCUCUAACACUGCCGUCCGAUUUGUGCCUUACAGAGAAAUAUUAUAGUGAAGAUGUCAGCAACAAGCGAGAUCGCCAUUCCUCAGUCUGCAGAAGACAUCGCCCCCUCCUGGGUACAGCAGGUACUGCAGAAGGACCUCCCGGGCGUCUCCAUCACGGACGUCCAUGUCAAGGGAUCCAUCAGCCAAGGCGAGGGGUUCAUGAGCGAUAUCAUCGCUUUUGAUGCUGUGGGGAUCAGGAAUGGUGCGAGUCAGCGAUACAGUCUCGUCGCUAAGCUGACUGAUUUCGAGCGGCCGCUAACGAUGAUUAAACAGUGGUCAAAGGACUUUCAGAUCAGAAUGGAGACGACUGAGGUCAAGUUUUACUCCAACGCGAUCCCUGAGCUCCUCUCUGUGGCAAUCCCAAGCUACGAGAUCAAAUCUAUGCCAAGGGAUGAAGAUGACGACUCUCAGCCUCCAGUCGAUUCCUUGAAGUUCCUCCCCAAAUGCUACUUCGCCGCCACCGACCCGAGCUCCAUGGUGUCCGUCAGGGUUAUGGAGAAUCUCAAGGCUCAGGGCUUCUCCAUCAAAGCCGGCAGCCAAUCGCUGAACCGUGAGGAGAUGAUGCUUACAGCCGGGGCGCUGGCGCAGCUGCACGGCCUGUCACAUCGGCUGGAGCUCCGCGCGGGCGUCCCUCUUCCCGAGAAGUGCGACUGGAUGAUAGUUCGUCGUUCAGAUAUCCAAGCUGUGUUGAAGGACUUUGCGGUUGGCCGAUAUCUGACCGGCGUGAAGGAAUUCGCCGCAGUGUUUCCUGACCAGACAGACCUUAUAGCUCGUCUGGAGAAGUUGUAUAUGAAGAUUCGUCCCAUGGAAGACGACCCGAGGCCAAAAGUGCUCAGCCAUGCAGAUUGUUACAUCAAUAACAUCAUGAUCAAGUACGCAGAAGACGUGCCCACUGACGUAAGGCUGGUGGACUGGCAGACGCUCAGGUGCGUGCCUCUGACCUAUGACCUGACCCUCCUGUUUCUUUGUAACGCGGGUUGGGACGUCUUCCACAACCACAGGGACGCCAUCCUGGCUCACUAUCACCACAAACUGAUGGAGACCCUGGGUACAAACGAAUCCCCGGGCUUACGGAGCUACACACUGGAACAGCUGAAGGCUGACUUCAAAGCCGACUGUCUGAACGGAGUGUUCAACCGUUUCAUACGAUUGAUGGUCCUGCCUGCGGAUCCAGAUCUGCUGAAGAUCCUCCAGGAGAUCCAGGAGUGGGGAAGUAUCUAAAUGUACACCUUUGUAGGUGUAAUGCCUGCCU